GGUGGAGCGCGCGCGCGGGAGAACGCAUGCGCCCCCGCCCCUCAUCUUGGCGCCAUCCCUCUCCACCUUCGGCUUGAAAAUUUUUGAUAAACAAUAGGAGUUUUAUUAUAAAAAUGACUGACAAGGAGGGCGCGAAGGUAGGGGAUGGCGGUGGCCCUGUGCGUGCGGCACCAGACCUCCCGACAACCGUGGCUGUGGCAGAGGUAACACCUGUGCAACGUCUGCAAGACACCUUCGACGAUGCAGUGGAGGAGCGGGUCAUUAACGAGGAGUACAAGAUAUGGAAGAAGAACACUCCUUUUUUGUACGACCUUGUCAUGACUCAUGCCUUGGAGUGGCCGUCGCUUACAGCACAGUGGCUCCCUGAUGUUACAAGGCCAGAAGGAAAGGACUACAGCAUUCAUCGGCUGAUCCUUGGAACGCACACUAGCGACGAACAGAACCACCUACUCAUUGCCUCGGUUCAGCUUCCAAAUGAAGAUGCUCAAUUUGAUGCAUCACAUUAUGAUAAUGAAAAAGGAGAAUUUGGAGGUUUUGGCUCUGUCAGUGGAAAGAUUGAAAUAGAGAUAAAAAUUAACCACGAAGGAGAAGUAAAUAGAGCUCGAUAUAUGCCUCAAAAUCCGUGUGUGAUUGCUACGAAGACCCCAUCCAGCGAUGUCCUUGUCUUUGACUAUACUAAGCACCCUUCCAAACCCGAUCCAUCAGGAGAGUGUCAUCCAGAUCUUAGGCUACGUGGUCACCAGAAAGAAGGUUAUGGAUUGUCAUGGAAUCCCAACUUGAAUGGCUACCUCCUUAGUGCAUCUGAUGACCACACUAUUUGCUUGUGGGAUAUAAAUGCUACACCGAAAGAGAACAGAGUUAUUGAUGCAAAGACCAUUUUCACAGGCCACACAGCAGUUGUUGAGGAUGUUGCGUGGCAUCUCCUUCAUGAAUCGCUGUUUGGUUCGGUGGCGGACGACCAGAAGCUAAUGAUCUGGGAUACUCGCGCCAACAACACAAAUAAACCUUCUCACACCGUUGAUGCUCACACCGCUGAAGUCAAUUGUCUCUCCUUUAAUCCCUAUUCAGAAUUUAUUCUAGCUACUGGCAGUGCUGACAAGACGGUCGCUCUGUGGGAUUUACGUAAUCUGAGCUUGAAGCUUCACUCGUUUGCCAUGCACAAGGACGAAAUCUUCCAGGUGGCACAGGUUCAGUGGUCACCUCAUAACGAGACAAUCCUGGCAAGUUCGGGCACCGACCGUCGCCUGCAUGUGUGGGACCUCAGCAAGAUUGGUGAAGAGCAGAGUGCUGAGGACGCUGAAGAUGGUCCCCCUGAACUUCUGUUCAUUCAUGGAGGCCAUACUGCUAAGAUCUCCGAUUUCUCCUGGAACCCUAAUGAGCCUUGGGUGAUCUGCUCGGUCAGUGAAGAUAACAUCAUGCAGGUUUGGCAGAUGGCAGAAAAUAUCUACAAUGAUGAGGAACCAGAGACCCCAGCUUCAGAACUUGAAUCAGGUGCAUCUUAAAUUUUGUACGGCGCCUUUCAGGCAUUGUCAUGGUCAGAUUUGGCAAUAUUCAUAAAAUGAAGUGAGCAUUAUAUGGUUUGCACUGUAACACUUACAGGAAGCGCUCUUAUUAUUCAAAAAGGGAAAUAAUAUAUAUAAUGAACAUUAUAUACAUCAAAUUACAUAAGUAAUUUGUUAAUUUUUGUGGAUGUUUGGUUAUUGCUAUAAAGACAUUCCAUAUAAUGCACAAAACUUCAUUCAGAUUUAUACCAAUUGUUGCAAGAGUUUCAUUAGAAUUAAUAUCAUUUUUGUAAUAAAACAUGUAUGUUAAA